AUGGCUGCCAUUACCGACCUGAAGCAGAAAUAUGAUGCCGAGCGAGACAAGCGCGUUCGCCGUGACAACGUUGACCAGUUUGUCGACUUCUGGGCUCCGGAGCUAAAGGAUCUAGACAAGGAUCCGUUCAUCGACUACGAUGCGCUCGAAGCCAAAGGGUUGCCCCCCCAGGUCCAGAGCGGCGAGGACCUGACUCUGCUCGUCAUCGGAGCGGCCCACACUGGAAUUUACUCGGCUGCUCGCGCUAUUGAGGCUGGUAUCCCAAAGGAGAAGAUACUCUGCGUCGACAACGCCGGAGGUUUCGGCGGUACUUGGUACUGGAACCGGUAUCCUGGUGUGAUGUGCGACGUGGAGGGCUAUUGUUAUCUCCCUCUUCUUGACGAAACCAUGUACCGUCCCAAGCACAAAUACUCUUAUGGUGCGGAGAUUCGCGGCCAGGACGAGCGUGCCGCUGCCCACUAUGGAAUCACCGCUUUGUUCUCGACCAUCGUCAAGAAGCAGGUCUGGGACGAGGCCUCGGCCAGGUGGAUUGUCAGCGUGGUCCGAGAGCGCGGGCCUGGACGAGAAAGUCAAGAGAUCACCCUGCGUGCCCAAUUUGUCAUGCACGCCGCCGGUCCGUUCUCGAAACCUCACAUCCCGAAGCUCCCUGGCUUCGACAAGUUCCGCGCCAACAAUCAAAUCCUCCACUCCGCCCGAUGGGACUGGAACCUCACAGGAGGCACCCAAGAGCGACCUGAGAUGGUCAAGCUCCAGGACAAGCGGGUUGCUAUCAUCGGCACCGGCGCGACGGCUGUCCAGAUCAUCCCCGAGUUGGCCAAAUGGGUCAAGCAUUUGUAUGUGAUCCAACGCACGCCAACUUACAUCGGACCACGCAACCAGACGGAGACCACCGACGAAAUGUGGGCCAAGGUGGUGGCCAGCGGAAAGGGGUGGCAGAGGAAGCGCAUGGAUCACUUUGACUCAUUCAUAUCCAACGUGCCUGACCGGGUCGAUCAGAUCAACGAUGGUUGGACCCAAACGCAGUCAUUUGCUGGAUACUCGGGGGGUGGCGGCAAGAUAAUCCGACCCCAGGAUGUGGAAAAGCAUAUGGAAACCUUUUUCGAGCUUGAUGUACCACGUGCCGAACAAAUGAGGAAAUACAUCGACAGCAAGGUCCAUGAUAAAUCCGUGGCUGAAAAGCUCAAGCCUUGGUACGGCGGGUGGUGCAAGCGACCGGCAUUCCACGACCACUACCUCGACACUUUCAACCGGGAUAACGUCACCUUGGUUGACACCGAUGGCAAAGGCAUUGACGCCUACUCCGAAAAUGGUCUUGUGGUCAACGGAGAGGAGUACAAUGUCGACCUCAUCGUGUUUGCUACGGGCUUCACUGUAACAGGGACCAAAGGCGGCUGCCCCACUCAGCAAACUGGGGCCCCAGUCAUUGGUCGUGAUGGCCGCAGCUUGGAGGAGAAGUGGCUGGGAAGCGACUAUGCUACCCUCUUUGGAUCGGCGACGAACGAAUUUCCCAACUACUUUUUCCAAGGUCCCAUGGGUAACGGCGCAACUCCUAAUAUCUGCUCUUCAUCCGACUUGACAGCAAGGAUUGUUGCCCAUACCAUCGCAAGGGCCCGGCAGGAAGCACAGGUCGCAGAUAAAGCUGUCAUCGAGGCAACCCGCAACGCCGAGCUGUGGUGGACUGAUGAAAUCAAACGAAGGGCACUGUGGUUCAGCCUCUUGCCGACAUGCACCCCAGGAUUUUUCAAUGGAGAAAGCAAGGGUUUCUUUGACAAGAAGACACCGGAGCAGAUCGACGCGGAAUUGAGGCGCAUGCCAUGGGGCACUGGGCCCCUCGACUACAAGGCCCGGAUGUGUUCGUGGAUGGAUCUCGGCUCGCUGGACGGAUUCACCGUCCGCAAUUAG